UUUAUAAAGUGAACGCGACGGAGAAUAUCAUAAUUUUCAAGAUCAUCAUGAGAACGAGUCCGAUUUUGGGUCUGUUGAUUUGCAGUGCGAUCAUCGUGAAUGUGGCCGAGGCCAAGCCGAUCUUCAUAAAGGUUUUCGCGCCGAGUAGUGGUUACUCCUAUCAAUCGGCACCGACAGUUUCCCCCGCCAACACGCAGUUCAUCUCGAGUCUGAUUACCCAGAAACUUAAUUUGUUGGACAACUUCCUGCGGGCCAAAUCAUCUUUUGGCAGCUUUGGCUUUACCAAGACUUUCGCAUUCACGGGUCCCAGCAGCACGACGACGACGACGGAGAGUCCAGUUACACAGCUGACCACAGAGGUAAACACAGAUUUUAUACCGGAAGUUAGCUCCAGCACUCAAUCUGUGUCCACGACAACCACAGAAGACGACAUUGCGACGCCGAAGCCUACAGUACAUCCCCAAAGGCCAAUCACAACUUCAACUACAACAACAACGACUCCGUCAACGCCAGUAACUCCAGUAAUUCCAGAGAAGAGCACCACCGAGGAACCCAUUGAGGAGACCACAAGCAGAGCCACCAAUGGAUACUCUUAUCAGACGCCGACGUCCCGCCUUAUCGACAGCAACACCGUCCGUACAUACGACUAUCCCUCUCCUUAAUCCGUCUAAGGACAUUAAUCUGUAGGUAUAUGAGGCUAAGUUAUAAGUCUGAAUUCUUACUCAAAACUCUGUUCAAGUCUGUGAAUAAUACUGCAGAUAAUUACAAAUGAAA